CAUCCCAACGUCGUCACGCUGUUAGCCGCGUUCCUGUCGGAGGAAAGAAACGAGAGCUACCUCCUGUUGGGUGACGCGGGGGAUAACCUUCACGCGGCGCGGGAAAGAGGCGAGGUGUCGCCGCGGGACGUCAGAAGGCACGCGAGGAGCGUCUUAAGGGCGCUGGAGCACGUCCACGCGCACGGCGUGGUGCACAGGGACGUCAAGGGGGGGAACAUCUUGGUGGGAAAAGACGGCGUCGCGACGCUGAUCGACUUCGGCGUCGCCAGGCACGUCUCGGUCCCGGAUCAGUUCCCGGCGGCGAGGUACGGGACCCCGGGGUACCAGGCCCCGGAGCUGUUGAUGACGGACAUGCGCGCCGCCGAACGCGACGUGAGGUUGUACCAGAAGGUGGACGCGUUCGCCAUGGGAUGCACGCUCUUCUUCCUGUGCACCGGGCGC